AUGGCCUCCGCCGGCGCGCUGGACGCGGCGCUCGCCGCGCUCCACGCGCCCGUCGAGGCGCGCGCGGCGCAGGAGGAGGCGGCCGACGGCGCGCUCGUCUAUAGCGUGUGCCCGGAGCAGCUCGUCAAGGACAUCGAGCAGAGCAUCGUCGUCGAGAAGCCCGAGGCGGCGACGAUCCAGGCGCGGCUCUUCGCCUGCGCGCGGCCGCGCGACGUCUGCGCCUUCCUCGAGGCCACGCAGUCCGACGCGUCCGUCGAGCGCGCGCGCACGGCGCUCCUCAAGCUCCUCGCCGCGGCGAUCCGCGACCACGGCUGCGGCCGCUACGGCGCGCGCGCCUUCGCGACCCUCAAGGCCGUCCUCGAGGCGCCGAACGGCGCCGCCGUGCGCGCGCACGCCGCCGCGGCGCUCCGCGCGCUCGCGAAGCGAGGGGAAGGACCCGGCGACGAGGCCUGGCGCGUCCUCUGCGACGCGCGCUUCAAGGAGCUGCGCCAGGCCAAGAAGUCGGCCCCCGGCGCCAAGGACACGGGCCGCACCUGCGCGGCGGAGCUCGUGAAGCUCGUCGCGCGCUGCGUCGCGGACCGCGUCGACGCGUCGCCGGAGCUCGACCCGGCCUCCAUGGACCCCGUCGCGCCGUGGCGGGAGCUCGGCGCGAAGGUCCUCGCGCUCGCCAUAGCCCAGCUCGAAAAGUCCAAAAGCGACCGGCGCGUCGACGCCGCCGCGUGCUUCGCCGCCGCGGACCGCCUCGCGACGACGCGCGCGUUCCGGGAACGCGCGGCGUCCGCGGGCGGUUUGGCGGCGAAAGCUUUGGCGGAUUAUGCGACCGACGCCUCCGCGAAGCAGUUCGCGGACCCCGCGAAGGCGCUCCGGCUGCUGCGGCGCCGCGCGGCCGUCGUCGCGCCGUCGGCGCGCGGGUCGGGCGCGGCCGCGCUCUUCGAUUUGCUCUGGCGCGUGGCCACGGUGCACCCGUCGGCGUCGUCGAAGACGCCGCCGCCGGAGAAGGUCGCCAAGCACGCGGCCGCCGCGCUCGAGGCCGUCCUCGUCGCCCUCGCGGCGGACGCCGGCGAGGACUGGGCGCCCGUCGUCGCGGCCCUGGAAACGUCCGCGGCCGGCGCGGCGCGCGCGUUGGGCCCCGGCGGCUGGCGCGACACCGCGGACGCGACGAAGGGCGCGGGCCUCGCGCUCCGCUGCGUCGCCGCCCUCGCGCCGGCUUUGGCCGGCGACGACGCGGCGCGGCUCCUCGCCGCGGCGCUCCUCU